ACGUAAGCAAGAACGACGUCAGACCAAUGCCUUUCCAAAUGCUUCUGGAAGGACCGAGGCGCAUGAGAGAGAGAAAACGCAUCCGCGCCGCUGCUGAAUCUCCGCCUCCUCUUUGCGCAUGCUGCUUUCUCGCACUUCGGCGUCCCUCGCCACCGCCACCCUUGAAGCCCUGCAGAACGAAGCAUAAAUCAACCCGAGAUUGCCCUAAUUCGUCAUGCACAGAACAUCUGAUUCCCCCAUACAGCCAACACAAGCGCAACGCUCAUAAGCCAGACGCUACGCAGCUUACGGCCUGUGAAAAAGGGCUGGUUUAUUUCUUGCUGCUUGAAAGAUUCGCGACGACUGUCCCCAUGGCCUCCGCAACUGCCUUUGCUCUUCGCAGCGUGCCUCGCCUUCUCCGAGCGCCUCUCCUGCUCACGAAGCCAGACGUGCUGAAGGCGCCGCGAUGCGUGUCAGGGUCCCGCGCCAUCUUCGCAUCGGCAGAAAAGCAGCAGUCGCAGCAGCAAUCCCAGUCGCAGCAGUCGCAGCAGUCGCAGGAUCAGAAGCAGAUGGUGGAGCAUGAGGCGACGCCCGUGGCAGUCGAGAGGCGUGGCCAGAGAGACCUCGCUUCCCGCGCUGUCGCUCCUCUUGGGGCGUUUUCUGAUCUGCUGGACCCCUUCUUCCCCACCAACCGUUCGCUCACGCAGCUGCUGGACUCCGUGGACCGCAUGUUCGAUGACGCCUUCCUGCCGCAUCCCAUGGCGCGCUUCCCCUCUCUCUUCCGCGCCGCCACGCCUCUCGCGCCUGCUAGCGCGGCCGCGCGCCCUGCUGUGGCGGUGAGGAUGCCGUGGGACGUGCGCGAAACGGACGACGCCUUCCACAUGCGCAUCGACAUGCCGGGGCUGUCUAAGGAGGAGGUGUCGGUGAAGUUGGAGGGCGGCAGUCUGGUGAUUCGCGGGGAGCACAAGGCGGAGGAGAAGGGCGGCGAGGAGGGCGAGGGACUGUGGGAUGCGCGCAUCGCCAAGUCGUACCAGACGACUCUGGCGCUCCCUGACAACGUGCUGACGGGCGAGAUCACGGCGGAGAUGAAGAACGGCGUGCUCACUGUCACCAUGCCCAAGGAAACGCCGCCAGAGCCCGCCACCUCCGCCGUUGACAUCCCCGUUGCGUGAUGGCAAGUGGCUCUGCUGCUUCCGCAGGCAGUGCUCCAUUCCCCGGCUUGGGAUUGGGGAGUGUAUAGUUUAGCAGCCGCUGCUUGAGGGGAUAACUUGUAGAGGAAAGUUUGUGUACAGCAGCCUUGGCCCCUCAAGUAGUCACAGGAACCAGCAUCAGUCUUGUAUGCUGGAACAUCGUGGAGAAUGAGAUGGGUUGCUUUUUAGUACAUGGCAGUGCAUAUCUACAC